UAUUUUAAUUAAACAAAACACAUACGAACAAACAAGAAAAUAUUAUUGCGAGUUGUUUUAUUUACAAGUACACAUUUCCAAAAUUAUGUUGUGUAAAGUGGGUAAAAUGAACAAAAUAUUUUGGUUAGCGCUAUUAACUUUGUGGACCAGUUUAGCGUUUUUGGUUUUCAUCACGUUCUUUUCAACAAAAACCAAUGUUGUAGAAAAGGAGCCCCCCUGUAAAGAAUUUUCCGAGUCUUUAGAUUUUAUUGGUUUUAACAAUGUCAAUGGAUCCAAGAAGUGUUACGUCGUGCCGAACUUUGUCCAUUUCGUCUACAUCGAUUCGCCUUUUUGUUUUGUAGACGUUGUUGUCCUCUUGGCCGCGAUCAAGUACCAAAUGCCGAGCAAAAUAUUCAUCCAUACCAAUAACAUGACAGCACUGAACAGCAGUAAGUAUUGGAACACUGUAAUGUCUUGGGAACGAUUAAAGAAACACGUUAGAUUCGUGAAUAUAAAAAUUCCUGCAUCGAUAGAAAGAAAUAAUUCACAGAGAAAAAUCAGUUUUCAAGUGGGCCUAAGAGCCCUUUAUAAAAUGGGAGGAGUUUAUUUAGACAGGUACAGUAUUGUCCUUAAGAAUUUACACCAUUUCAGACGUUUCGAAAUGGCCAUUGGAUGGAGAAACAGUGGAUCUAUUUCCACGAAUGUAAUCAUAGCUCAUAGAAAAGCGAGGUUCCUUAGCAAAUUGAUAAAUAUACAUACUGCAUUAUUUUACGACGAGACCUUAGACGGCCGUUGGAUGUGGCGUGUCCAUGAAACAGUUGUUGAUUCUCACGAAGAAACUCACAGAAUAACAAGACACUUUGACGAAGAAUCAUCGGGUUGGUUAUUCCUACGUAACGACUGGAAAUGGGAAAAUCAUUAUGUAAUAAACAUAUGGUUUACGCUUCGUCUGAUCUUCUUAACAAAACCGAACAAUUUAGAGCAAGCUGAAUUCCCCCUUUGUUUCAAUGAAACAAACGUUUACACAAUUUUCAAAAAUUCCAGCUUACUGAACGCUAUUUCUGAGCUACUGCCGUUAAACUACAAUUUUUUAUCAACAAAUGAAAAUAACUGAAUUUUAAAAAAAUUUAAAUUCUAAUAACAAUAUUGAAUCCGAAAUAAAUUUGAUCUUUCAAUUCUAUUUU